GUGAAAAACAAGACCAACUGACCAACGUCAAAACGUGUGUAUUCGCAUUAAUAAUUGUUUUUUUUAGUUCCUCUAUCCUCUUCACUUCUUCAGUUUUCUAGGUAUACUUUGUCAGUUCAGGUGGUUUAGAAGUUGAAAAUGAAAGCAAGGUGAAAGAGCCGUGACAUGAUGUUAAUAACUUGAGAAAUGAAAAAGAGGUGGUAAAAAUGCGAGGAAUUAUGAAUGUUGUAAAGACAUUCGUGGGGUUUCUCUACGAGUAUGCCCGUGGUUUGACAAUUACAAUAAUUCUACUCUUUAUGCUCUCUUACUGCCUUCAUCCCGGUAGAUUUGCAGCGCAUUAUAGUUUCAUUAAAACCAAAGAUAUUUAUAUUGAAAUGGAAAGAUCAUUUUUGCCUCGUGAUAAUUCAUGUGAUCUUGUUAUUAAUGGUAGAACACCAUCACAAUUACUCUACCCGGAUAAACAUCCACGCGAAGAUCCAGCAGCAUUGGCAAGACGUUUGGGAAUAUUGCCAGGUGGUCAAUGGAAACCACUUAAUUGUCAUCCUCUAUUUAAUGUGGCAAUAAUAUUGCCAUAUCGUAAUCGACCAACGCAACUUGCAAUAUUUAUGAAUUUCAUUCAUCCAUUUCUUCAGUCACAAAAUUUAGACUAUAGAAUAUUUGUUAUUGAACAAAGUCCAACGAGGGAAUUUAAUAGAGCGAAAUUAUUUAAUGUCGGCUAUGCGGAGGCAACGAAAAUCAAUGAUUUUCAUUGUUUUAUCUUCCAGGAUAUUGAUCUUAUUCCACAAAAUACGGACAAUAUUUAUGCGUGCACAAAAAUGCCAAGACACAUGAGUUCAAGUGUUAAUACAUUUAGAUAUAAUUUACCGUACACUGGAUUAUUUGGCGGUGCAAUUGCAUUGACUAGAAAGCAAUUUGAACAGGCGAAUGGAUUUGCCAAUUUUUUUUACGGCUGGGGCGGCGAGGACGAUGAUUUCUAUGGAAGACUGCAGACCAGAGGACUUACGGUUACAAGAUUUGGACCAGACGUAGCUCAAUAUUACAUGCUUACACAUAAAAAGGAAACGCCGAGUGUGACACGUUACGAAAAUCUAGAAAGCGGAGCACGCAAAUUCGACACUGAUGGUCUCAAUAAUCUCGAAUACAAAGUUCUAGAUCAUGAGCUGCGUCCCCUUUAUUUUUGGAUAUUAGCCGAUGUUUGAGGUAGAAUUUUCCUUUAGAUUUUGAACAUAUUAAAUUUAGGCGACUUUUUUUCUAUUUAUUUUAUUCUAAACUUUUUUCUUUAUGUCAAAUUUUCUUAUUUUUGAUUUAAAGAAUAAAAAUAAAGAUAAAAAAUCUCGCCUAAAUUGUUCACUACUUUAGAAUCAUUAAUAACAAUAUUAAUUUAAGAGUGUGAAUUUAACGAGAGACAGAUAUUAAAUUCAUUUCCUAAAUUAUUGUUCAAUUUGUAUAUUUUGUAAAAUUCAUAUUAUCAUAAUUUAUACAUAAAUUGAAAACAAUUGAAA